AAGAAGGAGGGAUGGGAAUUCGUCGCCUAGAGGAUUUCAACACUGUUUUCCGACUCAAAAGCAUAUGGUUAAUUUUCAAGGAAUCAGGCUCGUUAUGGGUAGCGUGGUUGAAACGACACAUCUUCAAGCGCAAAGGGCUAUGGGGGACAAAGCCUUCACCUAAGCACUCUUGGGGGAUCCGCAAACUCUUGAUGUUUAAACACAAGGCUGCUGAUUUUCUACAUUGCAGGUUAGGCGAUGGAAACACAGCCCUCUUCUGGCAUGACAAUUGGACGGGUUUGGGGCCACUCAUCAAGUAUGUGGGAGUGGAGGGCCCUAAGCUGCUGCGUAUUCCUCUUUAUGCAAAGGUCAAAGCGGCGUCAAAAGGCUUAGAGUGGAAUCUUCCCGGGGCAAGAUCAGAUCGGAUCCAAGUGGCCCUUACUCGGAUUUCGGCCAUCCCAGUUCCGUCGAGCGAAUCUGGCAAAGAUUGUUUUGAAUGGAAAGCAACGGCAACGGAAUACAGGGAUACCUUUUCCUCCUCCGCCACCUGGAAGUUGAUCCGCCAACAAGCUCCGGUGGUACCGUGGCACUCUAUGAUAUGGUUUUCACUAUCCACUCCGAGACUCAGCUUCAUACAAUGGCUAGUGCUCCUUCAUCGUCUUCCAACAAGAGAUCGCCUCGCUCGAUGGGGACUCCUCGACAAUCCCAUGUGUGUUCUCUGUCAACUAGCCCCUGAAUCUCAUUCUCAUCUUUUUUUUGAUUGUUGCUAUAGCCGAGAUGUGUGGAUUCCCUUUGCCUCUGCGUGCUUCCAGUCUCCGCCGUUGGAUGUUGAUCAAUGCUCAUCUUGGUUAGCCGCUCAACCCCAAGCUCGCUCAAGCACUAGAAAAUCCUUUGCCAAGCUAAUUCUUCAAGUAGCCAUCUACCUCAUAUGGUCUGAACGGAAUGCUCGAAUCUUCAAAGGCGAAUCGUCCCCUGCUGAAAAGACUCGGUUAACUCUUGACAGGUUUGCUCGAGACAUUAUUCUCUCGCGGAAAUCCUCUACGUCGGCACACCCUUGGAGCUUGAUGGAUGAUUGGUUACUGGUUACAUCUACGAUCCAAAUUCUCUGAAACGGUGAUUCACUUUUGUAGUCUUUGAUUUUGCGAUAUGGAAUCCUUAUCUUUUGGGUUAGUUCCGGUGAUCAACCGGUUUUGUAUACAAACUUGAUCUAUUAAUACAUUUACCU